AUGGCUAACCAAAUUAGUAAUAUUUCCCCCAAAAUCUUGGUCAUCAUAACCCUAAUUUCCAUUGUUUUCAACAACAAUUUCCGGCCAAUUGAUGCUGAAGAAACAGGCAAGGCCCUGAUUGAAUCAACCUGUAAAAAAACACAGUACCCUGAAGAAUGUAUCUCAGCUUUGGAAUCAAAUCCUGGCAGCUUCACCGCCAACUUAACUGGGUUAACACGGAUUGCAGUGGAGAAAUCAGCUUCUAAACUUGUUGAAACCUUACACAUUGUGGAAACGUUGGUGCUGAAUGCGACAGAUUAUCUAACAUGGGGGUUCCUUGUCAACUGUCGUGAUACUUACAACAUCAGCGUUCCUCAAAUCCGGAGAGGUCUACAGGCUUUUGAUCAGCUCAAGUUUGAUAAAUCGUAUAAAAGUGUUGAGGCUGUUAAUAAUGCAGUCAUUGGGUGUGAUCGUCAGGGAUGGACAUUGCCAAUCUUAACCCAAGUUAAUAGAGCUUUGUUUAGGCUCACCAAGGAUACCAUGAUGAUCUUGCAUCUUCUUUUCUAA